UAGAACCCACGGGUGCGUUGAUGGAUGAAAAUGGGUUGGCAGGUGCACUCGAAUUUCAGACUCUCAUCACUUGGCUAUGCCGUAAUUUCUUUCGCUUCGUUUCAUCCGUUUAAUGAUUGUGGAUUAACUGACAACUUCCUUUAUUACUCUGCUCAUCUUAAUUCGGAGCAAUCCGUUGGAUAUAUUUAAGGAGUAAUUCAUGAUUUCUUCUUGGGAUCGGUUUUGCAACUGCUGCGGAGAAGAUUUCGCGGAGAAGGGUGUGUUACGUAGUCCAAGGCAAGGGGAACGGCGCGGGAUUAGGCCCAUUCAAUGAACACUCGACCGCGUAUGCAACACUGGAAGUGCCGCUGAAUGGAAUGAACCCGCGAUUGUUGUGGUUUCUAUUCUCGUUCCAUGCCCGCCUACAGAGCGGCCGCCUCCCCGAUCAGCAAUGCUGUCAUCUUUCUUGCUGUUCACGAAGUUGAGUACAACUAGCUUAGCUAGAUAAUAUUUGGAGUGUACGAAAUUAGAGACGUGAAUUUUGGCUCACAAUGAUUUAAAUUACAAACCUAUCGAGAGAUGGAAUUACUGUCAGAAGGCAUGGAUAAUAACAGUGGAGGUUAACUGCUUUCUAAAACUUUCUGUGAUUCCUUGCAAGAGUUGUAGUUCAUUAUCGACAAUGACAUUAUUCAUCAUGAUGAACUUAUUUGGUUAUAUGAUAAGUUAGUGACGACUGUACUGUUCAGAAAAGAGAGAGAGCUAACAACAGUUCUGUGUUGGCUUGGACCCUGCCCUGGCCCUAAUUUGUCCUUGGAAGUUGGAUUUAAAGUUGGACUAAAGUACUACUAAUUGGGAAUACAUGUAGCUGUAGCUGUAGACGGACUUUGUGGCAAAUUUCCAUCACAUCACCACCAUCAUCAUCGGCCUGUUAUCUGUCGAUACUCCACCAACAUGGGGAAGGACAGUGAACUUGUUCAGGCUGUGAAGAAUGAGGAUUUACUGACUGUCCAACGGAUUAUCAGUAAAUUAAAAUCCAAACUCAGAAAGAGUGUGUCUUCCAAGAAAUCACCUCUCAACUUCCAAGAUGAUGUUGGAUUCUCCGCACUGCACCACGCCGCCCUCAACGGGAACUGCGGCAUCCUGGGAACCCUCCUGGAUAAUCACCAUCACAUCAUCGUCGAUCUCAAAGAUAACAAAGGAAUGAGACCUCUACACUAUGCAGCAUGGCAAGGAAGGUUGGAGCCCGUCAGGUUAUUCCUGCAAGCGGGAGCAAACCCGAACGAGAUGUCCCUGGACUCAGAGACACCUCUCCACCUUGCAUCGCAGUAUGGAAGCUACUCAGUGGUUGAAGGGUUACUCCAGUAUGAUGCGGACCCCACCGCCAAGAACAAGCAGGGGAAGACGCCCUUGGAUCUAGCGGCCGAGUUUGGGAAAGGAAGCGUGUCGGAGCUGCUCCUGAAAGGGAGACACUGCACCACGCUGAUAGCAAGCACUUCCCACACCGGCGUCACCAUGCAUACACCCCUACACCUUGCCGCAAAGAAUGGCCACAGCGAUGUCAUAAGGACCCUCAUUGAUGCUGGGAUUGACUUAAACAGGGAAACGCCUAACGGGACAGCCCUUCACGAAGCAGCCCUGGCAGGCAAAUCGGAAGUCGUCCGUCUAUUGAUUAUGAGUGGCAUUGAUGUACUAAAGAAGAACUCUCACAGUCAGACAGCUUUAGACAUCGUCAACAAGUUCACCCCAACCAGAGCUGCACAAGAUAUCAAGCAAAUACUAAGAGAAGCAAUAGGAGGUUGUCAAGCUCAAGCGAUCAAGGACUAUUUACGUAUCCAUGACCGGUCAGCCAUUUCAUUCAAGGCCGGGGACAUAUUAACGGUGCUGGAGAGGCAUCCUGACGGGCGAUGGAAAGGGUCCAUCAUGAAAGGAGGAGUGGAGUCUAUAGGAUACUUCCCUGGAGACUAUGUACAGCUAAUAAGUAGACCGCCCUCUGGAGGACAAGCUUUUCUGCCAAGUUAUGGUAGCAACAUCAUGCCUACUGGUCCCUACAGGAACCCCUCCAGAAGCCCCUCAGUGGACAACAUCACCAACCACCGCUACUCCACCGGUUCAACGGCAUCCGCUAGCUCAUCAGGCACCUGGUCAAAUAGAGAGAGCACAGAGCACUCGACACCGAUGAGAAACAAUCUAGGUGGACAGCAGCAACAGCAGCAGCAGCAACAGGGGUAUGAGCAGGACCCUUCUCUACCCCUAGCUCACUCCUACCCAGGGGAACCAUCGAUGGCCCAUGGCAUGGAUCUUCCCCCUCCACCACCCGAGAUGUUGCACCAUGGGGGUCAAUCACCGGCCAUGGUACCCCCAAGCCCUACCUCGAGGAUGAACCAUGGUGUUCCUAGUUCUCCUCAUUACCCUCCACACUCUCCUAGUGGCAAUGGUGGUUAUUACAACCAGUUUCAGUUCCCCGCAUCAGCCGGUAGUUCACCCAGUAGGCAGCCGUUUAGAGGUAAACCAAGUUUUGACGAUCCUCCCUGGCUCAGAACACCCCAGUCAAGGAAUAGACCUCCAAGCGGUGCGGACUACCCAGAGGACCAUACUGCAAAUGGUCAAGCAAUGAGAGGUCACCUAGGUAUGAUGGGUGGUCACCAAUCAUUACAGAACAACAAAUCUAUGAUGCAUGGCCACCCGGCCCACAGUAUGGACAACAUGCUUGCCUCGGACUUCCACUGUAAUGAUUCCCAAAGACCUCACAGUGAUGGUAUAUCUGACUUCCAUGUGGAUGCAAUAUCAGCUCAACAUGAAGGCAUCAAGGAUGCUGAUAGAAUAUAUGAAUGGUUGAGGAGACAAAGGUUAAUGGAAUACACCAAUAACUUCACCAGGUCUGGAUACGACAUGCCAACGAUAGCCAAGAUGACUCCUGAGGACCUGACAGCCAUCGGUAUCACCAAGCCCAGCCACAGGAAACGCAUCACAGCCAUGAUCGCACAGAUGAGAGAAGCAGAUCCGGUGCCAGGAUAUAUACCGGGUGAUGUAGGGACGUGGUUGAGGCUUUUGGAUCUCAGUCAGUACCACAACACCUUGAACACCAACAGAUAUGGAGUCAUGGAGGAGGUCUUUCACAUCACGUGGGAGGAUCUUCAGGACAUUGGCAUCGAUAUGCUAGGUCACCAGAAGAAAAUCAUGCUUGCAGUUAGGAGGUUAAAAGACUUGAAGAAGAAGGGCUGGGUACCCGGUCAUCAACUCAACAGCGACUCCGGCGGCAGCGGAUCACCUCAAUCCUCUGUCGAUGGCAUCACACCUCUUCCUCCAGGAGGAUUGCAUCUACCGCUUCAAGAGAGGGCAUCACCGCAGUCACCGCAGCAGGAGUUUGUCAACCCGCCCCUCGCUAGGAAACAUUCUGGAGUCCGCAGCAGCCGCGAGAGUCUGAGCAGCGAUAUCAGCAACAGGUCAGCAGGGUCAUCGUCACAGGACACAACGACCCCCCAGGAUCCACAUCCACCGAUGAUGCACUUACGGCAUCCCAAGCAUCAUGCGGAUGCAAGUUAUGUACCGGCGACUGCAACGAUGAACGUCGGUGAUGAUGGGAAGCGUACCCCAUCCCCAAAGGAUACACCGACAACAGAACCAAAGAAUGCCAAAGAAGGAAAUUACGGUUCUUUUUCGACUUUCAAGCAACCCAAUGGCGGUGCUGCGCAGAUUCUGCCAGUGCAGAAAGGGCCUCAGGGUAUUGAUAAACUUAUUGGUAUCCAUAAGAGAGAGCAGAGCAACAGGGAUUCGAUCGAGAGUGCGUCCAGUUUCGGGUCAGGGUCUGGGUCCGGUUCAGGGGAUCAUUCUUUUAUGGGUUCCAAGAAAUCGCUACCCCCUGCACCACCAAGAAGGACUAACUCCAUGAUAACAACAGUCCCUGACCCAGAGAAACUAAGGACAGCUACAAUAGGUAGGAAGAAGUCCAUGAAACCAUACCAUGAUAGGGAAUCUGCUGUAGCAUCUGGAAUGGCCAGACAUCCAGAGAUCACAUCAGGGUUUGCAACCAUUAAAAGAACUCCUUCAAGAAAGACUGAUACAUUACGGAGAAUGCAGAGAUCACAAUCUCAUGACAGCGAGCCCUUGUCAGCCAUAAUCAGUAGGUCAUCAGAAGUUCUAUUUAAGCCGCCUGCGGCACCUUCAGUUCCAAAGGUGACACCGGACAUGAGAGCUGGUGUUGGACAACCUGGACACCGUGUGGCCCCUUCCAAUGGACAGGAAGAUAUGAACAGUAGUAGGGUACAACCAGUAGAGGUUGGUGCAAUGCAAUGGGGAAUGCAGGCUCCAAAUCAAAUGGUGAAUGCAGGUGCUCCUCCAAUCGAAAGGACUUCCCCCAACCAGAUCCAGCACCAACAAGCCCAUAAUCAAAUUCAAAAUCAAAUGGUGAAUGCAAAUCCACAACAGUUUCAAAGAACGAAUUCUCCCAAGCAUACCUAUCAACAAGAAGCCCAUAAUCAAAUUCCAAAUCAAAUGAUGAAUGCAAAUCCACAACAGUUUCAAAGAACGAAUUCUCCUAAGCAUAUUCAUCAACAACAAGCCCAUAAUCAAAGUCAAAAUCAAACGAUGGAUGCAAAUUCACCACAGUUUCAAAGAACGAAUUCUCCAAAUCAUACCCAUCAACAACAAGCCCAUAAUCAAAUUCAAAAUCAAAUGGUGAAUUUAAAUCCUGCACAGGUUCAAAGAACAAAUUCUCCCCAGCAUACCCAUCAACAACAAGCCCAUAAUCAAGUCCAAAAUCAAAUGGUGAAUGCAAAUCCACCACAGGAUGAUAUGAAUGUAGCACAAGCUCAAAGGACUUCACCUAGACCGACCCACAAUCAAGUGGUGCGCAAGGAUUCUAAUUCUUCUUCAGUGUCCAUGCCAGGUGGUAGGCAUGGCAUCCCUACACCAUUCGCGAUUCCUCAACAGGAUGCUGCGGUGCACCUCCAAAAUGCCCAUAAUCAUCAUGUUCAGGUACAGCAAGAAUCCAGGCAAGAUAUCCCACAACCCCAGAGUAUGAAUGCCCAGCAGGAUCACCCGAUUUACUCAUCUGUGCAAGUACCGCAGUCCCCUAGGAAAAACAAUGAGCAACCAAAGAAUUACCCUUUGUCGGAUCAAAACCAAACUAGUAACUAUAGGCCUGUUGUUGGAACGCAAGCUAUAGAACAAGCACAGAAUAUUCUUUCUGAAGCAAUAGAAUCUCAACAGGCGUCAACAUUUCCUAAUGGCAGCUACCCACAUUCCAAAAUGCAUUUACGCAAUGAGGGUAACAAUAUACUUGAUCCAUCUAACACGAAUACCAGUAUAUGGGACCAAGGACGAUCUUUACCAGAUAGCCACACAAAGUCUUUAUCAAGAAAUAGGGCGGCAGAGAUAGAGAGGAGCCUCCAAGUUGAGAAACAAUCGAAGCAAUCCAACAGCUAUAGCUUUGUGAUGCCUCCACCUUCUACAGCAACUGUAUUAGACUCUGGGAGGAGAGCGUCAGCUGUCUCUGCUGCAGGCAGCGAAAAUAGUAGCAAUAGUUCUGAAGGCGGUAGUCAACCACGAAGACCAGGCAGCGCAGAAGUGCUGUGGAAGAAGCAGUCCCACGGAGACGAUAGUACACCAGUAUUAAACCCUGUUCUUUCAAAUCCUCUACAAGGUAUUUGGAGACCAAAGUCGAGACAUCAAAAUCGAAACUCAAAUGCUGAAAUUGAUGAGGAUUUGACAACAGACGUCUCGUCGUCGUCCAAGGGAUCAUCGUCCUCCAAAGGAUCAGAAGAAGAUUCGCCCAUCAAGACGCAAGCAACGUUUUUGCAGCUGAAGAAACAGUUUCUGAACACCGACUCUCAUCCUUUGAAUUACCAAACUUUGAAAAGACCGCCAAAGAAACCUGAACCUCUGGCACCAGAGUUCAGGUCACGGUCAAGGUCGUUCACUGAACAAGAGGAGUUCAAUCAGUCACCAGUCAGCAAGUAUGCUCCUUUUAGCUUUGAAACCAUGAACCGUAACAUGAAUGCAAAUUCUGUAGGAGAGGAGGAAUCCUCAUCUCCUAGACUGUAUGAAGAAAUUGAUGAUCGGUUUAUGUCUUCCUUCAACAAGUCAAGUCCUCGAACAUCACCAAGACAUUCAACCGUGAACCAGCCCCAGCAACCUAAGCCAGUUCCUAUUCCAGUGGUACCCGGGUCUGUACCUCAGCGGCAACCUUAUAUGCAAGCACCAUUUGUCCCUCCUCCCCCAGUUGGUCCACCUCCAGCUGUACCAGUAUUACCCAACUCUGUACCUCCAGUCGCCCCUGAGGUUCAGACUCAAGUACAGGUACCUAAUGCAUCUCCUGUAAGGGUACCUGCUCCUUUAUCACCUGCCCUUCCACCCCCACCACCAUUAUCACCAAUGGGACGAGCUGCAAUUUCUUCAGCACCAUCACCACCAAUGCCGCCACCACCUGCACCUAUUGCGUUUGCACCUCCAGCACCACCACCAGUACCAGCUGUCUCACAGCCGCCCCCUCCUCCUGCCCCUCCACCACCUACAAACAUGCAGCUGACCAAUAUUAAACAGAGCAGGAAAGCAACCGCAGUGCUACCAGUGAAUGGGAAAGGAAGUAGCAGUGCACCCAAAAAGAUGAUGGGUGACAUCGGUGGUGGUGGUGUCGAUAUGAUGGCUGAACUUAAGCUUCGCCAGAAGAAAAGACAGAAGGUGCCAGUAGUAUCAGAGAGCUGGGAAUCAAACUCGGACACUAUAAAACGUAAACCACCUUCUCCCAAUGAAAUGGUUAAUGAAGAGGCAGCUGUACCUUUUAGUGACUCAAAAGAGAUGCCACCUCCUCCAACCGAACAGACAACGUCACCACCCUCUGUAGAGGUGAAGAAACGGGCUGUGCCACCAGUAGUCCUGCCCAAGACUCGAUCUCCACCCAAACCUUCAAAACCUCAAGAGACACUUCCCCCAGCAUCCACAAACGCUCUAUCACCCAGACUAAUCCCCAUUGAGGAACCAACAAGUAGACUGGUUCCUAUCCAGGAGCCCAAGAACAGGCUUGUCCCCAUCGAGGACCCCAAGGAUAUAGACAUCUUCUCAUCUGACAUGGAUAAAUUGGAGGAUCACGAUGAGGUGGUGGACUCAGAUAGCAGUGAGAGUAGUGAUACCCUUGAGACUGGUCUCACCGGUUUUGAGAAUGAAAAUACAGACACCAUCAAGAAACAGCCAACAAGACUUAGCCCUAGGAGACAGACUGCCGGAGAAAGUGGCUCCUAUGGUGCAGAGAUUUUCGCAGCAUCUGUGCCUUCAUUCCCUGUAGAGAAUCCGGCCACCAUGAGCUACAAGCCAGUUGAAGAUGCUGCUGCAGAUGCGGACUCACUUGGUGAAGCCACCAUCAAACUUGAGGAUAUCUUACGGAGCAUGGCCAUGGAAGAUCCCAUGGGAGAAUUUGCAGAUGAUAGCUGGACUCCACCACCAGCUCCAGUCCUCAAACUCCAAACCUCUCCAUCAUUACCGUCUCCACCGCUACCACCACCACCCGCAGAGCUGGAAGCUAGUACCAGUGAGGAAUCAGGAGAAGAUGGCAAGGAGGUUUUCAACGACAUCGAGUCCAUGUUUGCCAAUCUAGCCCUGGACUUGGACAGCAUGAUGGGCUAGUGGAGAUGAGAUCUCUCCGAAGGUCACCCGCCAACAUUGAUGGGAGCUUGGACCUUUGGCGUAGGGCUUAUCUAGAGGGACAAUCUCUCGAUGCUGUACACCGCUUAGGGUCUCCUCGCCCCACUUUGAUAGGAGCUGGUUUGGCCAUCGAACCUUGGACAGAAUGAGAUGAGCCCACCAUGUCUGCUGCCUCUAAAGUCACUUAUCACCUUUGGCCUAGGGGGACAAUCUGACCUGAGCCCGCCAUCUCUGCUCUAAAGGUCACCUAGGACUGCUUCGGGGGUGCGAAAUGGUGCUAGAAGAAUAUGAACAUCAAAUUCAAGAACACCAUACAGGAUUGCUUCAAUGAAAGAUUUCUCGUCCACACCAUCGACUUGCAUUAUGCCAGAGACCUAACCACAUAGAAAUCUGGAGGAUUAGGAGCUUAUCUGUGGUCGCACAUAAAAGUGAAAGUACAUUGAUGAGGAAACCUUUGGGGCAU